AUGUGUGUGUGUGAAGGAUCGGCUUUGAGGCGUAAUUUCUACAAGAAGAGCUGCCCUUCGGCUGAGGCCACAGUUGAACUUGUGGUGAAGAAAUACAUAGCCAAGGAUCGAACCCUUGCGGCUCCUCUCUUACGGAUGCAUUUCCAUGAUUGUUUUGUUCGAGGCUGCGAUGGAUUAGUGCUUCUGAAUUCCACAGCCACCAACACAGCAGAGAGAAAUGCCAUCCCAAACCUGAGCCUGCGUGGAUUUGAAGUAAUUGAUGAUGCUAAGGCAGAGUUAGAGAAGAAAUGUCCAGGCGUCGUUUCCUGUGCUGACAUUCUUGCACUGGUUACUCGAAAUGCUGUGGUUGUUGGGAGUGGAGGUCCAUUUUGGCGUGUUAGAACAGGACGUAGAGAUGGAAUAAUAUCUCAACAGAAUGAGGUUUUGGCCAACCUUCCUCCACCUUUUGCAAUUUUUUCGCAACUUCGAACUUCUUUUGAAAGAAAAGGAUUAACUGUCAAGGAUCUCGUGGUUCUUUCAGGUGCACAUACCAUAGGAAAUGGCCACUGUGCUGGAUUCCACAACAGACUGUACAACUUCACAGGAAAAGGAGACACAGACCCUUCCCUAGAUCCCACCUAUGCCCAAUUUUUGAAGAGCAAAUGUACCAGCCUUACAGACACUACAACCUCUGUAGAAAUGGAUCCCAAAAGCUCCCUCACUUUUGAUAGCCAUUACUUUACUAAUCUUCAAGCAAAGAGGGGCCUCUUCCAGUCUGAUGCUGCCCUUCUCACACAUUCUGUUGCCAAAAAAGUUGUUGUUAAGCAGUUGGAGGAAAAUAGCUUCUUUGAAAACUUCAAGCAUUCUAUGGAAAAGAUGUCAGAAAUUGAAGUUUUGACUGGAAUCACCGGGCAAAUUAGACACCACUGUGCUUUCGUGAACUGA